AUGGGCGAGAUCGUGCCUGCAGACCGGCCCGAGCGCGCCCUCUAUCCCGUGUGGGCCAUCCUCGCCGCCGAGGCGGGCCAGCUGGCGCGUGGGCUGCUGGCUGACUGGUGGUCACCUGAGCCCGAGGCGGCUGUGGGAGGUGCCCGACCCGUGGUCGUGUGUGGGGGCAUGGGCAAGCACGGUGCUCGUCAGCCAACUGAUCUGGUGGUCCGUGAAGGCCCUGUGCGGGCGAGGCCGCCGCAGCCAUGGCUCUGCGACGCGGAGGCGGCGUGGUUGCGUGAUCUGGUGCCGGGCGGCCUCAUCGUGACGACGUUCAAGGAUGAUGAGGUCGCCCAUGAGAGGCUGCUGCUGUGGCCCGUCGACAGGAAAAAGUGGUGCAUCAUGUCGCCGGACGGAGACGCCUACAUCGAGCCAGUCGCGAGAGACGAGGACUGGGGGGUGGCCGACACCAUCCCGCUCGACGACGUCGGCACGGUGCCGGCUACCUUCCCAAUGAAAGUCUACCGCUUCCGUGAGUACCCGGACGCCGACGGGCUGAGGGAGCUGCUCUGGGACGGGCGAGCGGUGGCGCGCGCCGAGCUCGGGCGCGAGGCCCCGGAGGUGAUGACGGUGCUGACCCCCGCGUGCGAGCGGGUGCCGCUGGAGGACUUCGCGCCAGGCCUGCUGGUGACGCGCCAGACGCCGGGGAAGGUCUCCCCGAAGGCAGCCGCUGCCGCCUCGGCGAGGCGGCCCGCCGGACCGGCGGCCGGUCCUGCGGGGAACGACGGCCGCCCCCCGCCGGCGCCGCCACCCGCAGCGCCGUCGGACCAGCUGACGGCCGCGGCCGCCGCGGAUGUGGCCGAGGGCUACAUCUGGGUGAUGGCGGAGCCCACCGGUCGACACACCAUCGGCACGGCGAUCGACGGCGGCGCGAAGGUGUUGGUGGCGCCUGGCGGCCUCGACGGCCUCGUCAAGCUGGACGACCGCUGGCGGCGCAUCGAGGGCAUGGCUCCCGAGGCGGUCCCAGGCUAUACGAAGCAUCGCUCCGACGAGUUAAAGGAGAGCCUGGGGAUCGCCAGAGAGGGGCCCGGCUUUGACGAGUCCGACCUUCGGGACCGGCUUGGCAGAGCCUUGCCUGAGGCCCCGGGUGGGACUGCCACUCCCCCGCCAACCGCCGCCGCCGAGGCGGCCGUCGAGACUGGCGACCUGCGGACCAUGGUGAUCGAUUACGACGGCCAGGGCGAGCGCUACAAGUCUUGGAAGCAGGUGGUCCAGGAGAGCAGCAGCGAGACCCACGAAUCGCAGCACAUGGGGCUUGCUGGGACGGACCGAGUCGCGCAUGAGAUGCGGACCCUCGUGGAGUCCCUCUGGCUCGCGGGGACGGUGGACCAGGUCAACAUCGGCGGCCUGCUGUGCAUCGAGGCGAUAUGCCGACGCAUGGCUGGCAUCGUGGCGGCCUAUGCCAACCCAGCCAAGCCGCCCUGGGAUCUGACUCGCUACUACACUGGCCAGCUGUCGGCCGAGGACGUGGUCGGCCCCGAGAUGCGCAGCUUCGUGUCCCGGCGGGCCAAGGAGGACCGCGAGACCGGCGCUGGCGGGCUGCGUGGAUCUCCAGCCGAGUGCGGCGCCGGAGGCCGCGUUGCGGCCACUCGAGGGCCACGAGAUCUCUUUCCUGCGCCCCUGCUGGACGUGCCGCCGCCGCUGGUGGCCGCCUCGACGGGAGCCGCGAGGGCGAGGCGCAGAGAGCAGCUGGAGAUCGGCCCCUUCCCAUGGACGAUGCCCAGCGGCUUCUUCACGAGCGAGUUCGAGGAUUGGCAUCGGGCCGGCGCCCCGGACUCCGCUCCCUCAGCGACGGCAGCCCUCAAGCGGAUGCUGCGCGGCCACUCACCGUAUGAGGCGGGGGUGACCACCACUCGUGUCGCGCCCUUCAAGCUCGACCGCAUCUCUUUGCCAAAGUCCGUCCGGAGCUGCCCCUAUGCUGAUGAGGUAGCCCCACAGGAGGUCGCUAAAUACUUGUUGGAUUAUCAAGAGCGCAUGCUGAGGCAAGUCGCUCCGACUGAUCGUCGACGUGUGAACGAGGUCUUUGCUGACCCACCCGGGGUCGACUUGCUGACGGCCGAUGGCUUCAGCCGGGGCGAGGUGGUGCUGCUGGCCGGCAUGACGCCACGGAGCCCAGAGACGGUGGAGUACCUCAGCAAGCUCAGGCUCGUGGUGGGCACGUCAGACGUGGCCAACUGCUUCCACUGCCUGAAGCUGAGGCCCGAGAUGUCCGCGUACUUCGGGCUGCCCGCGGUCCCGGCGCACGUCUUCGGGCUCGAGGGGACUGUCGCUGGAGGCCGGCACCUGGGUCGAACCUCGCCGGUGUAUCCCGUGUGGGCUGUGCUGCCGAUGGGAUUUACGUGGAGUCUCUGGUUUGCCCAGCGUAUAAACGAGCUGCAGACCCUGCGAGGCGCCACCAUUCCCCUGGGGGUCCCCCUCCAUGAUAGGGGGCCGCCCCUGAAGGUGCUGCCAUCAGAGACGGCCGCGGGUCAGGCGCAGCACUACGUGCACGUCGACAACCUCGGGAUCCUGCGCACCAGGCGCUACGAGGUCGGAGAGGCCAUCUCGGAUCUACAGCGACACUUUUCCGAUUUGGGUCUGGUGCUGCACGAGUCCGCGGUGACCGAUGGGGCGUGCAAGACGCUGGGCGUCGAGCUGUUGGGCGAGGGCCUCCGAUCGCGAGUGACCUCGGAGCGGUGGUGGCUGAUCCGCCGCGCCGUCGAGGCUCUUCUUCGACGCCCGAAGUGCUCGGGCUGGGCGCUGGAGGUGGUGGUCGGUCACUCUCCUACCUUCGCCAGCCUCGCCAAUCGGGGACGCCUCUCGGUGUGGCACACGGUGUACGCCUUCAUGCACAAGUAUGGCGACGGGGCCGGCUACCUCUGGGACGAACGCCAGCAGGAGCUUCGCGCGCUCAAAGAACUCAUGCUGUUCCUGGAGAGCGACUGGACGCGGCCGUGGAACCCGAUGGUCUUCGAGACGGACAGCUCCGUCGAGGGGAUGGGCAUCGCCAAGGCCAUGUGGGACCCGGAGGAUGUCUCCGCCGUGGGCCGGGUGCUGGAGCGCUCGCGCUUCAAGCGGUCUGGGAGCUGCGGAGCCCGCGAGUCUGCCCUGGAGGCCGCAGGCUUCUGGCGUGACAUGUCGGGCAAGUGGCAAGUGUCCGACUCGGACGCAGACCCCAGGACCGAAGGCGCCUGGACGCUAGACUCUAGUUGUGCCGAGGACGCUCAUGGGAGCCUGGUCGCGCGCCUGACCCCGCGGUCCGCGCGGGAGGAAAGGCUGGAGCUGAGCCCGCCGGCUGUGCGACCAUCCGCUGCAGGACGCAAGCGAAAGCAGAUAGACGUGUGCGGCUGCAACGAGGUCGACGACAGCGGCAGCACCACGAGCGAGCAGAGCGGAGGCAAGCGCGCCGUUCCGAAGCGGGCGGCGGCGCUGAGGAAGAAGGCCCGCCAGCGGCGGUCGAAGUUCCUCUCCGAGGCGGUGACCAGGGCCAUGGAUGGCGGGCUCAACUUCCUCGAGGCCAGCAGCGUCACGAAGCCGGUGCGGGAACGGUACGAGAGGGAGGUGACGGAGUUCAUCGACUACUGUGACCGCCCCCCGGCCUUGGCGCUGAGAUCAGCCGCCCAAGUGGACAAGGCGCUGUCUCAGUAUUUCAACUACCAGUUUUUCCAGGGCCACGAGGCAGCCAAGGGAGAGCAGGCCUUAGCAGGCCUCGUGUACUCGAGGCCGGAGUUCGGCAAGUGGGGCUCCCAGAAGCUGCCCAAUGCCUGGACUUAUGCCGCCGCCGCGUUCGCAAACAUAUCCAGUGUCAAGUCCUGCGAGGCGAGGUAG